AUGGCGGAAAGCGAAGAGGAUGCGUCUGUAUUAAACUAUUAUGGAUCAUCACUUUUCCAAAGUGAAGAAAGCGAGAUGGCAAUGGAUUCAUCGCUUGAAGAGUCAGAUGAAUCUAGCAAGGUAAAGGACUGCUUAUUCGUAUAAAUAUUUGAAACUAAUUGUCCAAAAUAGACAACAACUGAUAUAAAAUAUAAUUUGUAUAUUUUACAGACGAUCGCCCCACCUGCAGUGAAUUGCUCAUGUAAAUCACAGUGUAUGCGCAAACUGAAAACCGCUGCAAGUGGAAAAAUAACUGGGUGUCUUUGUAAAGGUAACAGAGUUUUGUGUGGAGAAAACUGCUCUUGUGGUACCAAUAGUAAACCAUGUCAGAAUAAGGUAAGGACCGUAAGGUGCUUGUGCAGCUGUACCUUUCAUUACUAUAUUUUAUAUAGAGAAAACAAUAUUUUCUUCUUGCUGUAGGCACGACUUCGGAGUCAAACAGACAGAGACACAGUAGCAUCACAAAGCGAAACAAAUGAACAGAGUCAAGUGUCAGUCGAGGUAAUUUGCAUGAUAUUUGCAAUUAUCGCGUUACAAAUAUUUUAAUUAAUACUUUUUGAGGAAGAUGAAUAAACUGAGUCUGAGACAAGCCAUGGGCUAUGUAACCAUUAAAAUGUGGGUGCAAUAUAGAAUUUCCAUGUGUUUCUUUUCUUUGUUGGAGUUUAUAUUGCCCUUUAAGGGCUUUCAGAAUUAUUAAGAGUAGGUGUCUGUUUUGAUAAAGUAGGUGGCUGUGGGGAUAUAAAAAAAGAAUCGAAAGCUUACUAAAACCACUAUUACUAUUUUACUAUUAACUGUGCUAAAACUUUGUGACACCUUCUGGUUAUUUUGACAGCCCUGACGUUUAAGUUUUUAUAAUUAUUUGCUCUGUCAUUUGUUAUAGGAAAUGAUUGAUGGGUUGGACAGAGAGACCCUGAUAAAAGUGGCAAAGGCCCUGUUUUAUGUCUCGUCCACUUGUGUUAAAAGACUUGAUUGCCAAAGUUACAGCAGGUCCAGAGGAUCCCCAACAAUCAAGCAAGACAUCUGA